AUUCCUAAAUAUUGUGAGGAAAUGUGCAAAAUGUGUUUCAAUUAAUUUUCCAUUUCGUUAAUUAGUUCCAUAUAAACCCUUCACGGUUGGUUUUAAAUCCGAACUUAUCAGUUAGAGACGAUCAUGUAUGGAAUACUGUGGCUCACUUUGUGGGCCACAGUAGGAGAGGCGUUCUACGAUGACUACUGGUUCCGAGAUCUGGAUGAUGGUAUUGAAGGAUCGGCUUGGGACUCACAGAGGCAUCUGAAACACAAUUUUACAGAAGGCCUGAAAUCAUUUCACAAGCUCUACCAUGCUGGACGAGACGGAGAGGAAAGAAUGAGUAUGAAGAAAGCAAAAUUACAUCUAAAAAUGUUGAAGAUAUAUCGACACGUUGGAGAUACAGAUGACUUUGAACCGUCAAGAGGUCAUUUUCUACCGUUACGAGAUGGAGCCAAGUACUGUACUAUGGGUAGACACACCAGAGUGGAUUGUAACCAAUGCACGUGCGUCGCCGGUCAAAUGUACAUGUGUACAGGAAUGAUCUGCAACUCUGCCAUCGGAAGACCAAAAUUUCUAGUAACUUGUAGGGAAGGCAAACAACGACAAAUAGACGCAUGCAACUAUUGUUUUUGUCGAAACGGCCAUGAAGUUUGCACAGAAAAAGAAUGCAAUAGUAAUAGCUUCUUGGACUUAGAUUUACGGAGCGGAUGUCCAGAUGGGCAGAGACGUCAGAAGGACUGCAACCGUUGCCUUUGUGUCCGUGGCGAAGAGUACUGUACUCAUUACACCUGCGAUAGAGAUACUUUCAGUGAAAAUUUAUUGAGUUACUUAGACUCGACGCAAUGUAAAAACGGAGAAACACUGGAAGUCGAUUGCAAUAAAUGUGUCUGUGUUGACCGAAGCUGGACAUGUUCUCGUGCGCGCUGCCCCAGGGACACAGGACUGAGAAUUGAAAAACAACUCGAAUGUGAAGAUGGCCCGGUGUUUUUUGACAACUGUAAUAUUUGCUAUUGUCGCAAAGGAAAAUUCUUUUGUGAAAAUAAUCCUUGUUUUUUAAAAGAAAAAGAGAAGAAAAAUUUCAGUUUGAAAAGAGAACGUUAUACGUGUAUUGAAGGAAGCAAAUAUUACAUAGACGAAUGCAACUACUGCCACUGUUUAGAUGGAAAAGAACUUUGUACCGACAUGGAAUGUGGAAAUACAAAUUACCAAAGAACAAGAAUUUGUACGCACGGAGAGACAAAAAAUGAAAGAUGUAACUCCUGUUAUUGCUUCAUUGGUAGUUGGCUAUGCUCAAAACGUUCAUGUGAUGAUGAUGAUGAAAGUUAUGACGACGACCUUCACACUGAAGACAUUUCUUCCGAUGAGCGGUGCAAUAAAGGUGACACAAAGGCCAUCGACUGCAAUACUUGUGAAUGCCACCAUGGAGAAUGGAUAUGCUCACUUGCACCGUGUCUUCAGGACGAGAAAGAGUCACUGCAUUCACUCCCUUUUUUGCAUUCUAGCUGCACAUCCAAUCAUAGAAUGGCAUGGAAAGACUGUAAUAAAUGCAUAUGCAUCGAAGGCGUUUGGUACUGCGCUCAGAAACUAUGUCACCAAGGAUCUGGUGCGAUAAGAUACUUAAGGGAUGAUCAUCAUUCAGAAAGUUGUAAGGAAAAUGAAAAGAAAUAUAAAAAGUGCAAUCGCUGCGUAUGUCGCGACGCGCGAUGGGUCUGCACACAAAGGGAAUGUUUUGACUUCGACAGUUACGUCGGUACUGACAUUCGUACCCAAGACUCAGCUGAUCAAUUUUAUCUAAAGCCGUGUAUCUCUGGAGAAAGACGCUACAAAAAUAUUUGUAACCCUUGCAUUUGUAUGAAUGAAAAGUGGUAUUGCCAAACUAACUUUUGUGGAAGAGGUACAGACUAUAGACCUGAAGAUGUGUACUUAAGACUCGGCGACGAUCAUAAUUUCUACACCGCAAAAUGCAGGAAAGGCAGUAAACGAAAGAAGGAUGCUUGCAAUUAUUGUUACUGUCGACAUAAAAUAUGGUUCUGCCAAAACAAAGCUUGUGUGGAGGGUGGAGACCUCAGAGAGCAAGUUAAUUUGAAAUAUCAUGUAAUGCCAAGGGGUUGUCCCUUGGGAGAUAUAAAAAUAACGAAUUGCAAAUAUUGCGUUUGUCUGGCGACUGGUUACCAAUGCAGAUUGAUGAAAGAAUUUUGCAUCGAUCCGAAAACAGGCGAUCGAUGGCUGCGGUCUUCCAAAUGUGUACCAGGAACUAAAUAUACCAUUGAUUAUUGUAAUUCUUGCUAUUGCGGCGAAAAGGGCGAAUAUAUCUGCACUAAUAAUCCCUGUUCACUCUCUGAGAGUUUAGAUAACCUAACAGCUCCUAGUUGUGACAGAGAAGAUAUAGGGAAGACGGAACAAAUAAAUUCUUGUAACUAUUGCUACUGCAACUCCGAUCAGAAAUGGCAGUGCACGAAUAAUGAAUGUCUGGACGAAGAUCUUAGUCCUCUAAGGGAUUCAACAUGUCACAUAGGGGAGAGAUACAGACAGGAUGCAUGCAAUUAUUGUUUCUGUAAUUACGACCGAGAACUGAUCUGCACAAAUAACUCUUGUCCUCAAUACAGGCUGGAUCUACGCACAUCACAAAAUUGUGCAGUAGGCGAGAGAGAAAUAGUAGAUGCCUGUAACUAUUGCGAGUGUAACUUAGAUGAGGAAUGGGAAUGCACACAUAAUCCUUGUCCAGAGACCGUUCGGACUACCUUCAUAGGGAACCGAGGAAACUGGUACAAGCAUAAAGAUGUGUGGAAUUCAAAAACCGAAGCUCCAAAGACUUACCUGUGUAUUGAUGGCACCCGCAACGAAAUAGAUGCUUGUAAUUAUUGCGUGUGUCUGGACGGCAUCGAAUUUUGUACGAGGAAGAAUUGUAGGACAAAAUCGUACUUCGUGGAGGCUUUGUGCUUACCCAAUGAGCCGCUGCCCAAACCGGACCCAUGCAAUGAAUGUAUUUGUUUACACUCAGCAAUCGCAUGCUCAAAAAUCCCAUGCAUUCGAAAGAAGCAAGUCGCUGGCGGCAGGUCUCAUGUUUGUAUUGAACGACAAAAAUACUAUAUGGACGAUGGCUGCAAUUACUGUGUCUGCUCCAACGGUCAAGAAUUUUGUACUUCAAGGGCUUGCAUGAUGGUUCGUGAUACAAAUAUUAAAUGUAAAGUUGGCGACAUUAUUCCUCCAAGAGACAGCUGCAACAUGUGUGUUUGUGUUCGUGGAAAAGUUACUUGCACUAACAAAGUAUGUAAGAAAACUAGAAGGCAAGGAUUUAGGCAUAGAAAGUUGAAGAGGUUCAAGUUUGGAAAACUCUCUCCGAUGAUCCAGUCAGAUGAAAUACUAGACGAAUGUAAAGAUGGGUUUUUUUACAACCCGCCUGAGUACGACCCGGAAUGCCCGAAUAUAUGCUAUUGUGAUAGAGGAGAACUAUUGUGCACAGACAGACCAUGCAGAAGACCAAAAGUCCUACCACCGGAAUGGGGCACCGAGUCGGUGAAGCGAAACAGGCACCACUCUAUGUCACAGCGGACGGGCUGCUUUGAGUUUGAUCUCCCACCUGAUGCAAAUUGCAGGACUUGCCGUUGCGUAAACAACGAAAAAGUCUGUGAAGUAACUAAUUGCAUCUUGGAUAAAGAAGGAAUUAUAGCUUCAUUGAAAUUAAUGCACGAAAAGAAGGAAAAGCAAUUUUCCUCGCCCGAUCUGUUUUGCACACCAUUCACAUUCUUCAGUCCGGACAACAACAGGUUCUGUCGAAACUGUUUCUGUUUACAUAACGGGCUCGCGUUAUGUUUGCUUAACUUCUGCAAAUACUCCAAAGAUGUACCGCACGAACCCCCAGAAUCUGUUUACGACAAGUGCAAUCCUGGUGAAGUUGGCUAUCCCACAAAGUGCGUGUCUUGCAAGUGCACAAACCAGGGCAAGUGGGCAUGCAAGCGAGAUUCAAUAACGGACUGUGGUGAGAGGAACUGCGACUCUGGAGACGAGUUCCAGAUGGGUUUCCAGACAUUUUGUGCAUUUUGCAAAUGUUCUAGCACGGAAUGGUAUUGUUCUGUAGCAGAUGGACCAUGUUCUGACUUCAGCAAUUUAGUUUGCCCCAUGGGGACCCUCAUCCACAACCCAAGCCAGUUCUGCAGUCUGUGUCUGUGUGGAGGGCCCAGUGGGUCAAACAUGUGCUUCACAGAAUCCAAGUGUGUUCAUCAAGUUUCUGCCCACUUACAAUAGUCAUAUGUCGCUUUACGUAAAAGGAAAAUAAAUUAUGGAUAUUUUUGUAAUUUUUAUUUUCUUCUUUGUAUUUUAUGGUCUUAUCUACGUGCAGUUUGCUAAUGUAUCUACAUGAAAUUCAUUUCAAAAAUUGUUAAGGAAUUUCAACGAUUUUUUUUUUGAUAUUUACAACAUUACGAUUUUGUUGUCAAAUAAUCUGACAUUGUAUUUCUUGAUUUCCUUAAAUUUUUAAGGAAAUCAAGAAAUACCAAACCCACUAAGAGUGACUUGUCGCGGAUUUGGCCCCCGCUUAGUGUAGCGUUAGUGUGAACCAUGGAUGCUUAUUUUGAACCUGGGUGACUUUUUGCAUGCGACCUUAAUGCCUGUGCGACCUCCCGAGACACAAG